AUGAGCAAGAAAACUGACCGUCAUCUGAAGACCGUUAAAUUAAUCAAAAUACCCAGAUGUCUUGGAAAAUUUGAUAUAGACAAAGUGGCAGUGGAUUUGCUGUUAUUCGUAUCACCUGUACCACGUGUGCUCCCGUUGUUCAUCGAUUUGCUCGAGCGGGCACCAAUAAUACUUCCAUUUGUCGCGAUCGCGCGCAAGUGUUGCCCAGUGGCAUCCCUUCUCGCGAGCGACACGAAGAGCGUCGUAUUUUUCUUCGAAGGACUUCGUAAAGACGUCGGACUAUCGGGUCGGCGGUCUUCCUGCAUUGCGUUUGAUGCCGAGUGGUAUCCAAUCGCUUGCGGCUCUGCUCCAACGAUUGUCGUUGAAAAGCACCACGUAUCCGGGCCACCUAAUAACUGCUUUCCUUGGCAUAUGCGGCAGCGUCUCUGA